AUGGCUGGCUGUGGUGAAAUUGAUCACUCAGUAAACAUGCUUCCUACCAACAGGAAAGCGAAUGAGUCCUGUGCUAAUACUGCACCUUCUCUAACUGUCCCUGAAUGUGCCAUUUGUCUGCAAACAUGUGUUCACCCCGUCAGUCUGCCUUGUAAGCAUGUUUUCUGCUAUCUGUGUGUAAAGGGAGCUUCAUGGCUUGGAAAGCGAUGUGCCCUCUGUCGACAAGAAAUUCCUGAGGAUUUCCUUGACAAACCAACCUUAUUGUCACCAGAAGAACUCAAGGCAGCAAGUAGAGGAAAUGGUGAAUACGCAUGGUAUUAUGAAGGAAGAAACGGGUGGUGGCAGUAUGAUGAACGCACGAGUAGGGAGCUGGAAGAUGCUUUUUCCAAAGGUAAAAAGAGCACUGAAAUGUUAAUUGCCGGGUUUCUGUAUGUUGCUGAUCUUGAAAAUAUGGUUCAAUAUAGGCGAAAUGAACAUGGACGUCGCAGGAAGAUGAAACGGGACAUAAUAGAUAUACCAAAGAAGGGAGUAGCCGGACUUAGGCUGGACUGUGAGGCCAACACCGUAAACCUAGCGAGAGAGAGCUCUGCCGAUGGAGCGGACAGUGUCUCGGCCCAGAGUGGAGCUUCUGUUCAGCCGCUAGCAUCUUCAUCUGUGAGGCCCCUGACAUCAGUAGAUGGUCAGUUAACGAGCCCUGUGACACCAUCCCCAGAUGCAAGCACUUCUCUGGAAGACUCUUUUGCUCAUUUACAACUCAGUGGAGACAGCCUGGCUGAAAGGAGUCAUAGGGGGGAAGGAGAAGAAGAUCAUGAAUUACCGUCCUCAGGCAGGGUACCGGCACCAGACACCUCCAUUGAAGAGACUGAAUCAGAUGCCAGUAGUGAUAGUGAGGAUGUGUCAGCGCUUGUUGUACAACACUCCUUGACCCAACAGAGACUUUUGGUUCCUAAUGCAAACCAGACAGUAUCUGAUCGAUCAGAUCGAUCAAUAACUGAUGGAUCACUAGCAGGGGGUGGAACAGUGAGUGCCAGUGUUAGAUCUAGAAGGCCUGAUGGACAGUGCACAGUAACUGAGGUUUAA